CUUGCACCGAUUUAGGACCGCAAGGGAUCAGUGAGGAAGAAGAGCAGGAGUGUAGCCCUGGACAGCUGUUGGAUGACCUCGACAUUGACCUCGAUUCUGCGGCCGCAGCCUCUGCCCUGGAACUGGAAUCACGUGGUGCGGCCGCCCCCGGAGCGGGAGCAUCUGCUACUGAGUACCGAGUGAGUGGGCUACUUGCUAGCGCACUUUCCCAUGCUGUUCACGCAGUAGUCGCAGAAAAACAACAGGUGGAAUCUGCAACGAGAAGUACCGAAACUGGAGUAGAAACCGGAACUCUACUGACUCGAGUGCAUCAGCCUCUGCUGCUGGCAACUCCGCGAACGGGAGGUAAUACUCCCGCGUUGGCGUCGCCACCUCGGUAUACGAUGGACAGAGUGCCGCAGCAUUUCGAUAUUAGUGGCAGACCACAUGGACAGAAAGUGUUACGUGGUCUCCGAGGGGAACCAGUUGUAGUGAGCUCAGACGAAGCUGUGCAGUCUUCCCGUGUCAGUUACCCGAGGGGUUUUUCGGCCCCGAUCUCCGUAAAGGCAGACACAAGGAGCGGC